UGCUUAAAAACAGCAUUGUCGAAAUUACUCAUAAAUUAAUGGAAUGGAAAACAUAUCCAAGACCGGAGUUAGUGGAAAAACUGAGGUGCAUGAUGUGGGAAGAAGUGAUUCAGGAAGAUAAGACGCAAUUACUGCAGUUAAAACUUGAUUUGUGGAAUUCAAUAUCGGAAACAAUUACAUCAAACAAGCAUGAUUAUGAAAAUACGUUUAGUGAUGUAGUGGGUUUUAUAACAGAAUAUAAAAUUUUGACUAUAUACAGAUCUAAGACUGAGACAGACAUACUGAACUCAUUGAAACAAAUUGCUGACAAUAUUCAGAUUAUAUGCAGGCAAGUUGAACAAGGCUUAAGAGAUAAAUACCACCUUCACUGUUCUCAUAUGUUACGAUCCAGACAAAGGGAAACUUAUCAUCGGAUGCUGAAUACAAUCCCACGUCUACAUACAGCACUUGAAUGUGUGGUGUUUAUACUUAUUAUCCACUUGAUACACAUUAACAGGCUACCUACUGCAACAAGCAAGGAAUACCAGCACAUGAACAGAUUCUUAAAGCAAGUUUUGCAGUAUGCACAGAACUUAACAACAUAUACAAGUGUGGAAAAGAAUCGCUGGGAUGAAGUAGUAGCUUUAACAUCAAGCUUCUCACAUUUGUAUCAAGCUUCAAAUCAAAACUGCAUAUUAAAGGAUAUUCACAAUCCCAAAACAAUAACAAUCAAAGACUAAAUGUACAGAUGGAAUUUUGCACAUAAUAAAGUUCUAAAACUACAUGUGACAUGACGGUAUGAUUACCAUCUCUUUAUAUGAAAUGUCAAUGAUUCUACUAUAUAAAACAGCUACGAUUUUAUGUCAUUCUGACUCCUUUGGUAUGAAAUAGUAUUCUCUAACUUAAAUCUUUGUAGUCGAACCCAUUGUAAAUGGUAUGAUUAAGCUGCAAUGGACUUCUGAAGUAAAUGUAAAUGAAAUGUUUGUUUGGCUUUGUUUUCUUCAUAAAGCAUGUUUACAAUGAAAUGAUAUUCUCAGGUGAUGGACUACAUAAUUAAAUUUUCUGUUUGAAUAAUUCUAAGGUAUACCGCAUGUAUUAUAUAUUUCCCUCAACACAUUCAGAUUUAUCCAUCAUUUCCACAAUUAUCAUAUAUGCAGAUUUUCUUCCACUACUAAGUGUACAAUUACUGACAGCAUCAUCCAGUAAUUAAUGUAUCCAGAAAUCUAGCAAUAAACUAUAAAAAAUA